GACCCCUGGAGUAGCAGAGGCUAGGACAGUCUGACCUGGUAUAAGCUCACUUCCUAUGUGCCUUAUUUCUCUCUUUCUCCUCUUUUUCUCACUUCCUCACUCUCACACACCCCACCCCAAAUUUGCUCCAUAAUGUCCAUUUCUGUUUUCUCCCUAUGCUCUGAUUUUUCACUCCUGUGAUCUGAUGAUUGCCAGGAUGCUCCAAAAAUUCAGUAUGCACAGACGAGAUCUAGGUUUCCAAAGGAGCUUGCUUUCUAUUUUAUUCUGUUUCUGAAUACCUGGUAAUCCGGGUGUAUAUGAUGGAAGAGCCCUUAAGAAGAAAAAUCCUUCCAAGCAGUUUGAACUUGUUGUUAGCCCUGGUGCCUUAUCACAUCAGAUGUAGCUUCCCUGUGCCUUGGAAAUACCAUUCUUCUAGAAAAUGCACCCCUCCUUCCCACCUACAGUGGAUUCUUCCAGGAGGGCUUUGGCUUUCAACUGUUUGGUAUGCAGCCCAAGUCUCAUACAUUGCAGUCAGAGUGCUAUUGGGAUGGAGUCUGCAUCUAUUGAACAGAGUUCAUCACCAUGCACAAAGCUGGAGCUUUGUAGUGAGCUAAAGGAAGGAGGAAAGAGUAUUUGUAUAUAAAGGUGACUUCAACAUUUUGGAGCUAGAGGAAGCAUGUUUGAAAUUUCUCGGAGAGAACAUUUGCCGGCCAUUUUAAUGUUUUUUUUCCCCUUAUAGACUCUGGCAUAUGGUCUGCCAGCAGCUCAAAAAUAAGGGAUGUGGUGGAGGUGGGAAGAACACCCAUUAUGUUACGGGGUUUGAAGCUUGGAGAUUAGGGAUAUCCACUACUUGUUAUAUAGGACUGGCAUGAUCCAAAUUGGGUCAUUCCUAGUAUUAGAUAACCUUGCUAGGAAACCAGCAUGAUGGGAAGACAAGAAAGCAAAAGCUGCCCCAAACUGUAGCAAGUAUUCAUUGGUUAAAGGCUCUUACGAAUUGUUGCCACCCUGAUCUUUCAGAAACCAGUCUUACCAGCCCCAUGUGUCAGAUGAAGCAGCUUAUCUCUAGCCAUAUAAAAUAAUUUUAUCAAAAUAUUUUGCUUUUAUUUUUCUUUUGUUUGUUCCAAAUUGCCGCCUAAUUUAUCUAAUUGCAAAUGCCAAAACACUGCCAUUGAUACAGACAAGGUAAGCUUUGAAAGAGCUCAUUUGCUAAAUCAAAUAAAAGCACCUCUCAGAGAUUUGAUUCUCCUGCAGUUACAGAGAAGAGACAGUUUGCAAGAAAGAGGUCAACUGCAGGUGUAUUUAUUUCAGUUGCAGAUGGUCUCAGAAGAAUAAAGAAACUUUGAAUGUGUGGUUUGGUUCAAAGCUACAGCAAUGUGGAAAAUGUUUUGUAGUUUGCUUGCUUUUAAUGUACAUUUAGGAAUGUAAUUUAAAUAUUCAGAAUAACAAUAUCCCAUAGUUGUGGUUUCCUCAAGGAUAAAUUGAACUUUGGAGUUUGGUUCAGUGAAGGUGACAUGAUCCAAAGAUUUGUUUGACAGGGGAAGAGACUGGAUUUCAGAUGUUGACAGGACUGAAUAAAAUUCAAAGCAGUCCUAAACUGCAUUCAAAGAUUAUUCCAUAACGCUUCUUGUCACGCAGGAGGAGGUGCUCAGAUUUCAGGUGUUUGUGUAGCCAAAAGAAACAAACAAACUUGAGUCGGUGUGUCAUUUGAGUCCUGGACUACAUCUUAUUUUAUCUUCUUGCGGGGCUACUAGGUGUGUCAAAAUGCAGUCCUCACACUGUAUUAAACUGAAAGAACUGGGCCAGUAACCUACUGGGCUCAUGCACUCGCAGGAGCAAUCGCUUGCACAAAAUAACCCCAGAAUGAACAGAAAUGCUUCUUCCUGGAAUGGGGCAGGUCAGCACAGCCGCCAGAAGGGAGCUCCAGUGACCCGUCUAGUUUGGAGGGUCGUGGUGAGGAUUAAAUGAGGGGAAAUUCUUGGUAACUCAUCCUGGGCCCCUUGGAGGAACAGCAGGAUAAAAAUGUAACAAAUAAAAUAAAUAAAAGCAAAUCUUUAUUUAAAAAUGGUCCUGUGCAAAGAGCGUUUUGUGUGGCCUGCCUCAAAGGCAUUGGGGAGCGGGCAGAAUAAGAAUCCUGAGUUCUGCUUUGUUACCAGGCCCAAAAAAAAAGCUCUUUCAAAUUUGCAUCACAAAUGUACGUCCUUCACAUCUUAGCAGGUUCUAAUGUACAACCCCUUAAAUCCUUCUGUGGGCCCUAGAUCCACAGUGUCUAAGCAUCCUAGUUCUGUGAACGGGCCGUCAGCUCACUGUCUUUCUGCAUUCAUGUGUGUUCUGCAGAUUCUGUCUGCCCUGACCUCAGGCGCUUGGGCUGGCUGCCUCCAGUGGGAGGUGCACAGAGGCCUCUUGAGUGGCCUUCCAGCUGCCUGAUUGACUAGCCUAAUGUGUCUCCAGCCCCACCAGCAGCCACUCAGACAGGCGUUAAUUGCAGGCGCUGGAAAAGCAAUAAUUAAGAGAUAAUGAGAAGGCUUUUGUAUGAGUCUGGCAUCCCAGGCGUCUGUCAGCAAACAUGCUGCUUGGGUGCUGAACCACCCAGUUCCUCCUCUUUCACACUGGAGGACUAGUUUAGCUCGCUCAGCUUCAAUGGAGCUGAUGCAAUAGUAGGCAUGUGUUCAGCCAGAGAGAGACCCUGGAAUCCUGCCAGCACUCCCCAAGCAGUAUUGCAGCAUUAGAGGUGUCGAUGGAAGAGACUCUGCUGGGCAUCAUCCUUCCUGGGCAAUUUGGGGGUGGGUGCAAAAGACAUUAUUUAAAUUGUUAGCUCUCACACAACCUGUUAACAAUAUGGAGAAAUAUAAAAACUCUGCACUGAAAACUGAAGAAAAAUUAGAAUACAGGCCAGCAGCAGUGCAAAGAUCUAAAAAUGUACUAAUGCUGCUUGUAAAACCAAAGGCUAAGAAGACACUGAAAAGACUAUAGGGUGGGUUAGGCAAUGCAGGGCAGGCUUCUCUGGGGAAGGGAUUCCACAACUGGGAUGCCACCACUGAAAAGGCCCUCUUUAAUAGUCACUUGCCUCAUUUCAUUUAGCGAUAGUGAUAAGGUUCAUGCAGGAAUAUAUGGAAGAAGAUGAUCCUUCAAGUAACCUGGCUCCAAGCUGUUUAGGGCUUGGUAUGCUUGCCAAGUUUAAAAGAACCUUUGCUCUGUAUUAUUUUAAGAGCAGCACGAUAUGCAGACGUGAGGAGCUGAAGCUUUCCACAGCACGGGGAUGAACAUGAAGCCUCCAGUGUUCCUCUUCUUCUGUUGCAUGAAUGUACUCCAGGUCCCACUCUUUCUUUUAUCUUGCCCAUCAAUCCUGUAGAUGCAGAGGGCACCAAUUUGAACAGAAGAGUCUCCUAUACCCCUGGAGGGUCACAGCACAAUUAGGAACUACGGGCCACUUUAAGAGAUGCAUUAUUAUAAAGUGCCACAAAGCCAUCCUAUUUUGCUGGUGAACAAAGCAGUCACCCCUCUAGAACUCAUUUUAUUUAUAUUACCCAUUAAAAGAAGGGCCCUCUUUUUCACCUUAGCGCUGUGAAUGAAGGCGGUCUUUGUAAAUAUGCACUCUGUGUGAUGAACAUGUAAGCUUUGUUCUGUACAAUACACGUAUCCAAAUCCCUACGCAUAUACAGUAUCUGUAUGAAUGAUCUGCACCUUGCAAAAAUGCCUGCAGAACCGUCCGUCUUCGGAGUGUAGGCAGACUGGCUCGGCACGGUGAAGAGGUGGACAUCAUCAUCCUACAGACACCAUCCUAGCUGUUCCCCACUCCAUAUUUCUACACUACUCCAAUGCCCAUGUCUUUGUACAUGCUGAUGAGCUAACUGCCACCUCACUCCCUACAACAAGAUCAAAUGUGGUAAAUUUACAAUGGAUAAUUUCUAAAAUGAGAGGUUCCAAGUAUGAUGAUGGUGCAAGCAUGCAUUUGACCAUGCUCAGAAAGGUAUCUUCCAUCGAUAUUCCUGCAUCAGUUGCAGGGCUGCUUUUGCCCUUCUCCCUGGCUGCCUUCCUCCUCCAUGACACACACAAUGACUGAAGUAACCAGAUGCAAUUCCAGUGAAUGCCUGAAACUCAACAGUCUGUAUGAAUGACAGUGUUGAAACCUGACAUACCUCAGAGCAGAGAGCUUUCCAUAUGGUGAGCACCACCAGGAAGAAGGCCUCUGGAUAUUCCACUGGUGCAGAGUUGCCCGCAAUCCUAUCUUUUGUAGCAACUCUGGGCACAAAGUGGGAAGAAUCAAGUGGGAAGAAUCAAGGAUAGUGCUGUGCACAUUCUGCUCAUCUUUGGGCUUCAUUAGUGUGUGUGGAAUUUGGAAGCUAUGCUAUUCCUGCUGCACAGCAGGCUUAAGUCAAGGAUAGAGUCACUCAGAAUAUAAAAAUCUGUGGCUGCCUUGGAUGUCAGACAUGGAUGGAAACAAAGCCAAGUGCUAACAGAAAUGGAACCAAAAUUGGAGCCCCUGAAAAAUGCAAAGGAGCCAUAAUGAAAGACAAAACACUUUUCUUCACCCAGUAACUGGUCAGAUCCCAGAAGAAAACAACCAGUUUGACCUGCAAAGAUCAGCAUUGGACAUGUCAAGCAAAGCAGGAAGCAAGCGGCCGGCAGCAGUUAACAGUGAAUCAUCCAAUCACACCAUGGUUUCAGAGGUACCUCAAGAACGACCAAAUGGAAGGGCCUCACGCUCCUCCAGGAAGGGGAUUGCUUUUGGGAAGCGUUCCAAUUCCAUGAAGAGGAACCCCAGUGCUGCAGUGGCUAAGAGUGGCUGGCUCUUCAAGCAGGCUAGCUCUGGAGUGAAGCAAUGGAAUAAGCGCUGGUUUGUACUGGUGGAUCGCUGCCUCUUUUAUUACAAAGAUGAGAAGGAGGAAAGCAUCUUGGGCAGCAUCCCACUUCUCAGCUUUCGCGUCGCAGCAGUCCAGCCGUCAGAUAACAUCAGCAGGAAAUAUACCUUUAAGGUGACGGUGUGCUGGAUGGAAGAGCCAACUGGGAAUAACAAGAAGUCGCUCUCUUCCCAGGCCGAGCAUGCGGGCAUUCGGACUUACUUCUUCAGUGCUGAGAACAGCGAGGAGCAGGAGUCCUGGAUUCAAGCCAUGGGCGAGGCGGCACGGGUGCAAAUCCCACCAACUCAGAGGCACGAGAAGACUGAUUCCGAGAACAUUCCUCCAGGCAAGAACCAGCAACAUCACCACCUCCGCAGUGUUCCAGCCAAGGAGACCGUGAAAGCAGAGCCAGAAGCAAAGACUAGAGGAGAAGGUGAUGGGCGCGGCUCUGAGAAGAUUGAACGGAAACCUGAGCGAGGCGAGAGCAAGAAGGAGCCACUGGUGAAGGCCAAUGGCGUUGUGAGCCAAGAAAUGCCCUCUGAACCAGGAAGCCCUUAUCCUGAAGCCUCUCAUGUGCCAGCUGGGGUAGAGAGAGCCACUCAGCCAAAUGGCUGGCAAUACCCAUCUCCCAGCAGGCCUGGCAGCAUGGCAUUCCCGCAACAUGAUGGCGAGACUGCUGUGCCUCGUCGGAGCUUUGCCCCUCGCACCAAUCCUGAGAAGAUGGCCCAGAGAAAGAGCUCCAUGACACAACUGCAGCAGUGGGUGAACCUGCGCCGUGGGGCUCUGCCUCCUGAAGAUCUCCACAGCCCCACCAGGUUCUACCCAGUGUCCCGAAGAGUCCCUGACUACUAUCCCCACUACUCCCCGCAGUACUCUGAGGACUACCAAUACUAUCCUCCAGGUGUGCGUCCGGACAGCAUCUGCUCCAUGCCUGCAUAUGAGCGGGUGAGUCCUCAGUGGGCUGUGGACGACAAGCGGCAUUCCUUCCGCAACAGCGGCUCCUACCAACUGCGGGAGUGGAAGGAGCAGCCUGGCUAUGCCAGACCGGAGGUCCCUGUUUGGAUCCCAGGACCCACCCGGCAGCCAGUGUACUACGAUGAAAUGGAUGCCGCUUCCGGCUCCCUGCGCAGGAUGUCACUCCAGCCUCGCUCCCGGUCAGUCCCCCGUUCACCAAGCCAAGGUUCCUACAACAGAGCCAGAAUGUACUCCCCUGUCAGGUCACCGAGCGCCCGCUUCGAACGAGUGCCUCCGCGGAGCGAGGAGAUAUAUGCCGAGCCGACAGCGUACAUGAUGAGGCGAUCGGUCAGCUCGCCAAAGUAUGAUUACCUGGGUGAUAGGAGGCCUGUCCCCGCAGGAAUGUUCCCUUUCAACUAUCCAGCAUCCCCUACAGUCCACGACAAAAUGAUGAGCGAGAGCGAGACUUUGAUCAGUAUGGUGAACAGAAUGGUGGAGAGCUCCUCCCCUAGGGCUCAGCUGUACAUGCAAGUGUCUCAUUUCCCUGAACCCUACAGAGAGACAAUGCACACCUACAAGAUAAGCGAGCAAGAAACGGAUAAGCUCCUAGGAAAGCUUUGUGAGCAAAACAAAGUGAUGAGGGAGCAAGAAAGGCUUGUGCAACAACUUCGAGCUGAGAAGGAAAGCCUAGAGAGUGCACUGAUGGGGACACACCAAGAGCUAGAAAUGUUUGGAAGCCAGCCAGCUUACCCUGAAAAAUUGCUGCACAAGAAGGAAUCGCUCCAGAAUCAGCUGAUCAAUAUUCGGGUGGAGCUGUCCCAAGCCAGCACGGCGCUGGCCAACAGCACCAUAGAAUAUGAAAAUCUGGAGGGUGAGGUGUCAACCUUGCAUGAUGACCUGUGGGAACAGCUGAACUUGGACAUCCAGAACGAAAUGCUCAACCGGCAAAUCCAAAAGGAAAUCUGGCGUAUCCAGGAUGUGAUGGAAGGGCUAAGAAAGAACAACCCAUCUCGGGGCACAGACACUGCAAAGCACAGAGUGGCCCUCGGCCCAUCGGGAACCUACAGCUCCAACAGCCCAGCCAGCCCUCUGAGCUCAGCCAGCCUCACAAGUCCACUGAGCCCUUUCUCACUCGUGUCCGGAUCCCAGAGCUCCCCUACCAAGCAAGGCAGCAAUGAGGAGCCUGGUCCACCUCGACCUCCCCUCCCCAAAUCAUAUGUGCCCUUGGAAUCUCCUCCGACUGUCCCUCCGCUCCCUACCGAAAGCCGCCUCUGGCCGCAUCCUAGCUCCCCUUCCUGGCAGCAAAGCAGUGAGGCGAAGAGGGGACAGUCCAAGUCCAGCUUUGAGCAGAGCAAGAAGGACCAUCACCGGACUUUGGCCUCCAGUGCUGCAGGGGAAGCUGGUCUCUUGCAGGCAAGGCAAGAGCAAGAGGCUGACAAGCAGGUUGCUCUCAACAAAGUUGGCAUUGUUCCCCCAAGGACUAAAUCACCCAUGGAUGAUGAGAGCACAGUCACAUCAUGUGUAGUGAGGAGAAGUGCCAGUAAUCUAGCCAAUGGGUUGAACUCCCGGGACAGGCCAAAGAGCGCUGUGUUUUCAAAUGAGAUGAAGGCAAAAAUGAGCGUUGAGGAACAGAUUGAUCGCAUGAAGCGUCACCAAAGUGGUUCUAUGAAGGAGAAGAGGCGGAGCUUGCAGCUCCCGUCCAACCAGCAACAGGCAGAUAGUCCUCUCUCGAAGGCUCCUGCCUCCUACAAAGUGGUGCGCAGACAUCGCAGCAUCCAUGAGGUGGACAUCUCUGAUCUGGAAGCUGCAUUACGCUCUGAGGACUCUGGCAAAAUGUAUGAAACUCCUCGGGAGGAGAUUGCUCGGCUGCGCAAAAUGGAACUGGAGCCUGAACAUUAUGAUGUGGACAUCAAUAAGGAGCUUUCUACCCCAGACAAAGUCCUCAUCCCAGAAAGGUAUAUUGAGCUAGAGCCUGAUACCCCACUGAGUCCAGAAGAGAUGAAAGAGAAACAAAAGAAAGUGGAAAGGAUAAAGACGCUGAUUGCCAAAUCCAGCAUGCAGAAUGUGGUCCCCCUCAGCGAGGGAGAGGUGGAUGUGCCCCAAGACUCAGAGACCCAACUGCAGGAGCAGGAGAAACGGAUAGAAAUCUCCUGUGCCUUAGCAGCAGAAGCCUCUCGACGGGGCCGCAUGCUCUCUGCUCAAUGUGCCACCCCGAGCCCUCCCACUUCCCCAGCCUCCCUGACUCCACCGACCAAGUCCCUCUCGUCUGACUCAUCCCAGGGCACCGAUGGCCAUUUUAUGCGUGUCUGAGCCAUAAACACAGGCCCUGGCUGCUGUGAAUGCUGUGAAAUUCCACGGAGCCACUUUUUAACAGCCCAGUCUGCAUCCUGGCAGAACAACUCAAUGAUGCACGUGGCCAUUGUUCUUAUUCUCUCAGAACACCCCUUCCUUCAGUCGAGCUGCAUUCAGGAAGGAAAACCUGCCUCUGAGGAGAAUGGGGGAUGUCUCACCUUGACCCCAGUUCCACCUCCACAACACACACACCCUUCCACUGCUGUCAUGGCCCAUACCAGCUGCCCAGAUAAGCCCUUUCAAACCAGUAGCAGAUGGGUGCAGCAUACUGGAGCUGUUCCAUUCCACAAGGCAGGUCUUAAAGUCAUUUAAAAAGCAGAAGACCACCAGCCAGGGAUCAACUGUUGCUUGGACUAGCUCAGCACCGAACUGGAAAAGUGACAUUGGUGAUAGCAGGGGGAAGAGAAGUUUCUUAUGCCAAUGUAGCCGUCUCCUGGGGAGCUUGGUUCCCUUCCACCAACUUGUGUUUGUGGGGCAGGAAUGUGUGAAGAAUGACUUGCCACCAUAGCCAAGGGCUUAAUAACCCCUUCACUGAAUUGAGCACCAGAUAUUUUUCUUCCCUCCACCCCCUACCCCAGGUCAGUUCUCCUCUGCCAACCAGAAUAGCUUUAGCACCCUUACUCUCCGACCUAAGCAACCAUUGCACAGCCAUGCUUCUCUGCUUAUGCUCACAGCCAUUCACAGGAAAAGGAAGGCGGGAGAAGCGUGGAUCGACAGGCAGAGCUUUGUGCAUGUGGCCGGUGAAGAAAAAAGAAGGCUGCUUGUCUGAGACGGGCUGGGUGGAGAAAGUAAUAGAGGCUUUAGAGGAAUCUGUGAUUGUGUGGGAAUACUGCUGUGGCUGGCAUUUUCUUCUUUUCCAAAACGCCAUAUGGGUAGAAUGUUUCAGAAGACGUGCAUAAUGUAUGUGGACAUGGAGCAGAGGUGUACAUGAAAGGUCGAAUGGGGAAAGAUGAGGAUAGAAAUGUUCUCUUGGCUGGAAUUGAUCCAGUGAGGUCUGUUUUCCUGUGGACACAAAGCAAAAUUGGGAUUGGGCAGGUAACUUUCCCUCCUCCUUCUCACAUCUAAGUCACUGGGCAAGUUCUCUGGGGCAUGCUUUUAAGUAAUGGGACCAGGAAGAAAACUGCCUGCCGGACAGAUCACUGUGUUAACCAUGCACUUAAGAUGUUAUUUUAUUUUAUUUAGUUUUUGCACCAGCCCUUGAAGUAGUAGUUCCUGCUAUGAAAGACAAGAAAUUUUGAGUAUGCAGAAUUUGGGUGUGAACUAAAU